AUGGGGGAGAAGGAAUUUGGAGCAAUGGCUGACCCGAUCGAGAACGCCGUGUCUGGAAGUGGUAUUUACCUUCAUUACGCCAAGGCGACACACCCUGAAACUGUCCACCGCGACCUCAAGUUGGAGAAUAUUCUGGUGUCCACUAAUCCCAGUGAUCCGGAAGACAACCUCUUCAUAAAGGUGACGGACUUCGGGCUGUCGGUGGUGCGCGGGGGCGUGGGCCACGAGUCCAUGCUGCAGGAGAUGUGCGGCACGCCGGCCUACAUGUCGCCCGAGCUGUUCGGCGAGCGCAUGUACAGCCAGCAGUGCGACCGCGCGCGCAACGUGGCCAUUCGGCGCACCUUCGGCGAGCUGUCGCCCACGUCGUCGGUGACGAUGCUGCUGCCCCCGCGCGGCCGCCGCAACUCGCGCUCCUCCGGCGACUCGAAACAAUUUGAAAGUUACAUUAGCAUUACGUUAUUUGAGUUUGAAAAUAAAUUAAAAGUUAAUGUAUUUUAA